UCACGAAGAAGGAGAAUUAAUGGCCCAGGCUAUCGUUUCAGCAAAGAGUUUGCAAGGAAAAGUGGCCAUCAUCACUGGUGGUGCAAGCGGCAUCGGGAAGGCCACUACACGCCUCUUCGCCGAUCAUGGCUGCCUCGUCGUCAUUGCCGACGUCCAAGACGAACUGGGCCAGCGGGUCGCCGCAUCUAUUGGCGCAGACAGGUGUAUCUAUAUUCACUGCGACGUCACGGAUGAAGAUCAAGUCAAGUCCAUGGUAGAACGGACGGUUCGAAGCUACGGUCACCUGGACAUCAUGUUCAGCAACGCUGGUAUCUUUAACAACCACCAGGGUAUCCUGGACCUUGAUUUAACUGCUUAUGAUCAUCUCUUCGCCGUAAACGUCCGGGGAAUGGCCGCUUGCGUGAAGCACGCCGCGCAAUCCAUGGUGGAUACAGGUGUCAAGGGGAGCAUCGUGUGCACUGCGAGCGUGGUUGCUACCAGCGGAGCCGAGAACUACACCGACUACGUCAUGUCGAAACACGCAGUGCUGGGGCUGGUGCGGUCGGCCAGUCGGUAUCUUGGUAAGCACGGGAUCAGAGUGAACUGUGUGUCCCCGUCGGCGUUGGCAACACCGAUGUCGUGCAAGGCGACGGGCAUGCACCCAGAGGGAGCAGAGAAGGUGUUCUCGUUGAUGACGAGCUUGAAAGGUACAGUGUUGAAUGUGAAUCAUGUGGCCGACGCUGUUCUGUUCCUUGCUUCUGAUGCAUCUGCAUGUGUUACUGGGCAUAAUCUGGCUGUCGACGGCGGUUACAUCCCCCGUUAAUCUUUGCCAACCGCACCAUGCAUGCCAACGUCUCAGAUAUUUCCUUUGUAAUGAUUCUCCACUAGCGGAAUAACCCGUGCUGAGCACGGGAGUGUGAUACUGGACCAUGUUUAGUAAAUAGUAAUGGGAAUGGAUAUGACUGUACUUGCUCUCACUAAUGCCCAAAUAAAUAAGAGUUUUAGAAUUUUCUGCCUUGACCUAUUAAA